AUGUCCGAGCCUUUGACAGUUGACAUAGCCGGCAGCGCUCUGAGAUACAAGUCACACACAGGUACUGAGUGCCUGGUUGACUUCAGUGACAUUCUCUGUGUGUUAGACAAUCCUGUCUCCACGUUGUAUAGCGUGCUAUUCUUCCAAAAGUCCAACUUGGGAGAACCCGAAUCCGAGGAGGUUUCUCUAGAAAAGAUCAAUAUCAAGUCCCUACCUGCAGAAUUAUCUCCAUUUGUGUCCGAAAUUCCCACCCAUUUUCGAAACGAAGAUGAGCCACCUAUAAUCCAGGUUGUUGUAUCCAUUGGAUCAGGAACGGGGAAAGCAAAAACGAUCUUUCAAAAUGCUGUACGGCCCCUUCUUACAUACCUUGGAUUAGAGAACUAUGAGCUCCACGAGACAAAGUCGGCACAAACAAUUAUCGAGCUGGCUCAAUCGAAAUUCCUGGAGCGUGCUCAGAACGGUGUCCCUCAAACCAUCAUCCUUCUUUCUGGCGAUGGAGGCCUCCUUGAUAUUCUUGAAGUUUUCUACAAAUCCAAGAAAACGAUUGGUGUAUCUCCUAACCUGGCGUUGAUCCCUUGUGGGACAGGAAAUGCCAUGGCGAAUUCCAUUGGAUUACGGUCUGGUUCGGUGCCAGGUCUUUCAGCACUGCUUCGAGGCAGCCCAACUCCCGUACCAGUCUUUGCUGCUAAGUUUUCACCCGGCAGUCAGUUGGUCAUCGAUGAAGGUCGUCAGCGUGCCGAUAUCGACAGCAAUGUUCAUCACACCUUAUAUGGGGCUGUUGUUGCGAGCUGGGGGCUUCAUGCUGCAUUAGUCGCAGACAGCGAUACCUCUGAAUAUCGUAAAUUCGGAGCCGAUCGCUUUAAGAUGGCCGCAAAUGAACUGCUUUAUCCUUCAGAUGGCACUUCACCUCAUCAAUUCAAAGGCAAAAUCACAUUGAGGACCACGAAUGGCUCGGAUAAAGCUAGUCACGAAGAAGCAGUGGGAGGACUUGAGCACAUGUAUGCACUUGCGACAAUGGUCCCGCGACUAGAGAAGGAGUUUUUGAUUUCCCCAGACUCAGUGCCGCUGAGUGGUCAAAUGAGGCUCAUCCGCUUCGGGCCUAUGUCGUCAGAAGACGCGAUGCAUUUGAUGACUCUAGCCUAUCAGGGUGGUCAACAUGUGAGGGAAGACACAGUGACCUAUGCCGAGGUUGAACAAGUUCGGAUCGAUUUCCAGGAGCAAGAGGAGAGGUGGCGACGUGUUUGUAUUGAUGGAAAGAUUGUGGCUGUUGAUAGAGACGGUUGGAUGGAGAUUUGUAAAGAGCCUGGCCGUUUACUGAACUUGAUCAACUAA